AAGAGAGGACGAGAGGAGAGAAUUCAGAAAGGAUUCUAAGGUUGUUCGUUAAUUAGAAAGUUGUAGGCAAAAUCCUAGCAUGCCAAUAUUCAGUAAAGCCUCCCAUUUCUACCAGUACCAAGCAGACAAUCCAAAAUAGCAAAACAGAAAAUUUCUGAGAGUACUACUAAUUACCAGCUAAGUAACAGAAUUAUUCCAUUUCUAGAUACUCAAAGCUGGUACACCAGCUCAGCUCAGUGGAUAUUUUUCUUCUUUUUUUGAUAAUAAACCUUGAGUGCGUUGCCAUCUCCCUCAGUAUUCUUCUUACCAUUUUGACCCGAGUUGUGUUGGGUCUCAACAACUUUUCUGCCUUUGGAAACUUCCUUGUCCUCAAGAAAAAAUUCUGGAAAUUGCUUCUUUAGAAAAAUGAUGUCUUCUCAGGUAGUCACCUCUGGUUCCAGUUAGCCCACUGCACCCAGACUGCUCGGUUGUCUGUCUUCCUUUCUGGACAGUUCUCUUCUGCAAAAUUCUAAGCAGUUCAAUUUUUGGGAGUCCCUCUGUGUCCACUGCAGGCAAUUCAUCACAAUGAACAUUGCUUCUGAAAAUAAAUUUCUUCAUGGAACACAGGAUGUAUUCUAGCACGAUCAGGUAAUUUCAAUUUGUAUGCAGCUGGUGGAAAACCUUAAGGCUCCAGGAACACGUUGGAAAAACUGCCCAACAGCUGCUGCUUCAGGCUGUUUGCUUCUGGAUUCUUAGCUCUUUCUCCUUCCAGACUGCCAUUUCCGCACACAAUACAGCCGCAUUUGACUGCUAUUUCUUCCUCAUCAUUCUGCUCAACCCAUUACAAGUCUUCUUAAUUUGUUAUUCUCUACCAGCCCCAUCAGUUUAAUUUCUCUUCCAUCCAUAGUCAACGAUACAAGAUUGUACAAAAUCAAAGUUAAUGGGCCUGAACUGCCUCAUGCAGUCUACUCCAAGGAUCAUAUAAUAGCAACCCAGUUGUAAGAUUCUGGAGCUGUAACAGAAUCUAUAGCUCUGCAUUUUCUUGAACUUCUACACAUUUCCUGUGACUAGUAACAUUUUGUCCAUUGGCCACAACAAUGCUAAGAAUCUUCUUAUUCACUACUUUGUCCUUUAGCUGUUCAGCCACACCUACACCCAAGGAGGGAUGCAAGUGGCCGCUAUCCAGUAAUAUAACAAUUUGUUCUUCUCCAGGAUCCCUUUUAUUCCUACAGGCCUCCCACAACUGCAUCUUCAAUAGUCUGCAAGGAUAUAGUUACUUGAAUAGGAUAUGUUCUAUAGGCUCGUACUUCUGUUUCCUUGAGUUCUAAGGAGACAGAAUUUCAAGUCUGGUGGAUGAAUCAUAACCGUGUGAUCAGAGCGUGAUUAAUGGCAGAGACAGUUCUGAAUCGUUGAUGAGAGAAGAUCGUUCCUAGUUGGGUUGGAUCUUGGGUAGGGUGGUUACUCGGUUGUCUGACAGACUAAUCAAAAAUAGUUCCUGCCCCUUCUACCUCUGUUUCUACUCCCUCUUUUUCUCUGGCUCCUCCUUACACCCUUCCAUGGUCAAAACAGCCCUGUGUUCAUAUUGAUAACCUGGGAAGAAUCUCUCCCCACAUUUGAAGCAAGAGUUGAAGUGUCUUUUGUGGUCAUUCGAGUUGGCUUUUUGGUGAUGGUAGGGUCCUGUUUUUUGGUAUGUUUGCAUUUUAGUGGUGGCUUCCAUUGCAGAGUAGGUAUAUGAUGAGCGUUUUUUGGUUGAGACAGGGGGCUGUAGGUUGUGGUGUGUGGUUGUUUUUGAAGGAUUGCUGGUGGAAUUGUAUGGAUAAAUUUUUUGGUUUUCGGGACCUUGCUUCCACAACUUGUUCUUGAACCAAGGCCUGUUCAAAAGCUUGGUUUAAAUUUUUCGGUUUAAGGAGUUUGAGCAUGGUUUAAGUUCGUCAUUCAAUCCGCUUAUAAAGCUGGAAACAAAGUAUUUCUCACUAAGGAUUGGGAUCUCCAUCAACAUCAAUGAAUGCAGCUCUUCAAACUGCUCCUGGUAUUUUAAAACAGUCCCCUCUUGAGUGAGUUUAUUAAACUCCUCCACAACAUCAAUAUUGGCUGCUUCCCAAAGAUUCUAGAAAGUUCUUCGACAAACUCAUCCCUGCACUGAACCUCAUUCAGACUUCCCACCCUUGAUACAAUAAAUCAGCCGUUUCAGCUAAAACUGGACUCACCAGCUCGAUUCUUUGCUCCUCCACAACUCUAUGUACCUGAAAAUACUUCAGGCACCUCCUAACCCAGGACUGCAGGUUUCCACCCUAAAAAAUGGGUAUUGCUACCCUUAGAAAGGCACUAUUUGAGUUACCCUGACUAGAGUCUGGACCGUUAUUGGUCCUCCCUGCUCCCUUGUCCUUGAAGUGGGUAAAACACCCUUGUGAGGCUGACUAGGUAAAGGGGAAGAAGAUGCCCGGGCUGGUGCUUCAAGGGGUUGCAGCAUGCUGUGCACUAUUUCUACCAGACUUUCAAAGUGUGCUCCCAGCGUUGCUUGUUUCUGUUUCUCUGUUUCUUUGAGCUCAUCAGAAUUGUGCUGCAUAGUAUCUUAGAUUUCUGUCAUGAAGCCUUUCAGUUUCUGGUUGAAUUCUUGCACCGAGUCUUCCAAGAGUUGAAUAUGUCGAUGAUUUGUUAUGGCAGCCUUUCUGGUUGUGCGUGCCAUCACAAAUCUAGAUGUCAAGGUGUCCUCAGUAUCGGAGAGCUCUUAUAUCAAGUUGUUAGGAGCUUCAGACGUGAAUUCCUCUGUGAAUUUGUGUGAGAGUGAGUGAGAGAUAAGGAGUUUUAGAUUGAGUAGAAAGGACAGAAAAAAAAGAUUUUAGGGCUUGAAUGAGAAAAGAGAAGGGAGAAGAGAAGAUGAGAGGAGAGAAUUUAGAAAGGAUCCUAGGACUCCUCGUUAGUUCAGAAAGUUGUUGGCAAAAUUUCUAGUAUGCCACCAUUUGGGACAAACUUCCUAUUUUCAUCAGUACAAAGCAAAAAAUCCAAAAUAGCAAAGCAGAAAAAUUCUGAGAGUACUACCUAUUACCAGCUAUGGUAACAGAAUUAUUCCAUAUCUAAAUACUCAAAUCUGGUAUGCUAGCUCAGCAAAGCGGAUAUUUUUCUUCUUUUUUCGAUAAUAAAUCUCGAGUACCUUGCCACCUCCCUCAGUAUUCUUUUUACCAUUUUGACCUGUCUUUGGGGUGUUAACAGUUUACUUGUGGUCACUCUACUCCAUGUAUUCUCUCUUUACAUUUGUGUUACUUGGGGCCUCGAGUUCUAUAAGAUCAUGGGAUAUCAUGUCCUGUUUGAUUGACUGACCUGUGUUCUGUUAGGUCUCUUAAAACCCUACUAGUCCUUUUUAUAUAUAUGUUUUAAAAAAAAUUCUAAUCUUUGUGAAUUUUUGAAGUUGUUCUUUGGGUGCUUGAGAGGGUUGGAAGUUUUUGUGUAACCAAUCUGAAUCAAAUUGUGUGAUGAUUUUUCCUUCUGGCACUCAGAUGCUGCAAAAAGGACAUAUCUGAUGGAUCAACUUAUGCAGGUGUGGAUGAAGCAUCUCUGCUUGAGUUGAUGUCUCAAACACAAAAGCUAAAAAAUCUUUGCUUGAGGGAUACUCACCUUACAGAUAUUGCUCUCUAUAAUUUCUCAGGUUCUUCGUUGGAGAUGCUUGAUGUUUCUAACACUAAGAUUUCCAGCACUGCAGUCGCUCAUAUUGCUCGUAGAAAUCCUGGUUUGAAGUGCUUGGAAGCAAGGGGCUGUAGAAAUUUGCAUCAGCAAGAGAAAACUGAAGGAGCAAGGUUCUCUUCCUCUUGCAUGUGUAGUGAACUAAUUACUGAAUUAGGCAGGACAUGCAUAUUGGAAGAAAUUGCCAUAGGUUGGGGGUUUGCUUACUCAUCUCUAGAGGUUCUCAGUUCUGCAGUUACAUCGUUACGGGCAAUAGCUGUUGGUUUAGGUGGAUCAUUAGGUGAAGGUGCAUUGAAGCUACUACCAACUUUGUGUCCUCUCCUAGAGUCAUUAAUUCUUCAGUUCCAGGUGAUCUCCGAUUGCAUCAUUGCAAAUAUUAUGAAAUCACAGAAGCACUUGCAAGUUGUGGCCUUGUGCUACUGUUUUGGUGACAUAUCCAUGUCAAGUUUCAGGUUCUCUGUUCCAAAUCUUCGGAAAUUGAGGCUUGAAAGGGUUACUCCUUGGAUGACCAAUAAUGACUUGUUUACUUUGACUCAGAACUGUGUCAACAUAAUUGAGAUUUCAUUGGUAGGAUGCAUGCUUCUUGAUGCAGGUGCUCAACAAAUUAUUUCAUUCGGAUGGCCUGGCCUGAUUUCUCUUCGUCUUGAGGACUGUGGAGAAGUAACUGCCAAUGGAGUUUGUUCUCUUUCGAAUUGCAUUGCUCUUGAAGAGCUUCUGCUGCGCCAUAAUGGCCCUGGAAUCUGUAAGAACUUCAUUCUUGAUGCUGCUUCGAAGAUGCCCAUGCUUCGACAAAUAUCAUUAGAUUUAUGUGACGCAAGCGAGGGUGACUUUGACAUUCCAGAUCUUUAUAAUAGGUGCUUCUUAAGUACUGUCAAGAUUGCGAGGUGCAAGUCUCAAAAAUGCGCUUUAAGCCUUCAGCAAGUUCAAGAGGCACGAGGAAGGCCAGUGCAUAAAGAGACAUUAGUGUUGGCAUGGAGCAGCAGACAUUUGGCUAGGACAGUGGUGAAGGAAAGACUUUAGCAUUACCAAUGAGAGGGGGCAACCUCCGACUGUUCAAAUCAUAUAUGUUUUUUUGUGACUGUUUAGUGCUUUAUAACUUACUUUUUUUUGUCAUUAUAUAUAAAAUUAUUAAUUUUAUA